AUGCCUCCAAAAACGAAAACCCUAGGUAAUCGUGACCCCUUCGAACCCUACGACAUCAUACAAAUCACCCACAUUUCACCUCAGAUGCAGUUCAUGGUUCGCGCGAUUGUCUCCAGUCUGAACACCUUCAGGCGAGACAUCGAGCCUUUAAACGGAAAUAGUGGAAUUACGACAGACCCCGCAAAUGUUCGAGUUCUUCUCUGUGGAGAUGCAGCCGAUCUGAGACAGUGUGUAAAUGCUGUUUCAGAAGCGGUUAGCGAUGAUCCAUUCAUACUUUCACGUAUAAUCGUGGCUAUUGAGGAUAUUGUGCCCUUUGCGAACGAGAUUCUCAAACAUUCAAAGCCGCAGAUAGUGGAAUGGAACGAGGCUGAUUAUGAAGAGUAUCUGAUCGAGCGUGUAAAGCGUCGAAAUGAUAACUGUGUCAUCGGUCUGGCAAUCGACCUCUCCCCCACGAUUCGCAGGGUCAGGCGAAUCCGGCAGUUGCUGGAAAAGGAUGGAACGCUGAUAAUACCAAAUGAGAGAAAAAUGUGGAGGACAGCAUACCCGGAGUUGAUCGCAAGCUUCGUUGUAGAUGGAGGUCGUUUCUUGACCAUGAUUGACUGCGUUCCUGGAUCUGCCGAAGCUAUAAGGGACUCUGAGCUGUUUCCACCACUGGAAAAGCGUUUGCGCCCCAUACCAGGAAUGAUUGACAUGCGAGAAGUAAUACAUCAGUCUUCCCCAAAGGGAAUGUAG